AUGCACGUUCCUGAUAGCCAUAAGUUCUUGCUACAACCUAUAGAUGGAAACCUAACAGCACCAAGUCAUCCUUCAAAAUGGAAGUGCGACGGAAGUAACUGCCGUCAAUGGAUAGGAUUUGUUGAGAUCAAUGGUCUCUACAUUUAUGGCUCUGGUACUAUUAAUGCCCAGGGUACCAAAUGGUGGGGUUCCUCCAAUGUCAAUCACAAUAGAAAGUACCAUGGGUCAAAACCAACGGGGUUCGUAAUAGCACAUUCCAACCAUGUGCAUAUAAGUGACCUAACCUUCAUAGACAGCCCUCAAAUGCACAUGGCGUUGGAAAGGUCGACAUGGGUGUAUGUUUAUAAUCUCACCAUCAUUGCCCCCGGCGAUAGCCCAAAUACUGAUGGCAUACACAUUCAACAUUCCACACACGUCUUCAUAAGCCAAACUCACAUUGGGACUGGUGAUGACUGUAUUUCCAUCGGAGAUGGUUCAUCAUAUCUCAACAUUAGCAUGAUCACAUGUGGACCAGGUCAUGGCAUAAGUAUUGGAAGUUUAGGUAUAAGAGGGCAAUAUGAGACAGUAGAGAAUGUCUAUGUAAGCAAUGUGGAAUUCAGAGGAACUUCAAAUGGAGCAAGAAUCAAAACAUGGCAGAAAUCAGCCGUGCAAAUUAGCAAUAUCAAAUACAGUUAUAUUUACUGGACGUUGGAGGAAGACACAGCGAUAUACUUUGCAUGCAGAUUGAACUAUGGGUGUUGCAUUCAAGUGGAUCAGUCUACAGUUGCUGUUAGGGAGCAUUUUGGGAAGUUUGAUGAUGUGCUUGAGCCAGGGUGUCACUGCGUACCGUGGUAUUUUGGGUACAAGUUAGCUGGGAAAUUAUCAUUACGUCUUCAACAGCUUGAUGUUUGCUGUGAAACAAAAACUAAGGAUAAUGUCUUUGUCAAUGUGGUUGCAUCUAUUCAAUACCGUGCUUUGUCAGGAAAAGGACCUGAUGCUUUCUAUAAGCUUUCCAACACCAAAGAGCAAAUCCAAGCCUAUGUUUUUGAUGUUAUUAGGGCAAGUGCACCAAAGUUGGACUUGGACUCUGCUUUUGAACAGAAGAAUGAUAUAGCAAAAGCUGUGGAGGAAGAACUUGAAAAGGCCAUGUCUGCCUGUGGGUUUGAAAUAGUCCAGACUCUUAUUGUGGAUAUUGAACCAGAUAUUCAUGUGAAGAGGGCGAUGAAUGAAAUAAAUGCAGCUGCUAGAAUGAGGGUUGCAGCAAAUGAGAAGGCUGAAGCAGAGAAAAUAUUGCAGAUCAAGCGAGCCGAGGGGGAGGCUGAAUCUAAAUACCUUUCAGGGCUCGGUAUUCCCAGGCAGCGCCAAGCUAUUGUAGAUGGAUUGAGGGACAGCGUGCUUGCUUUUUCUGAGAAUGUGCCUGGAACAACUGCCAAGGAUAUCAUGGACAUGGUGCUUGUGACGCAAUACUUCGACACCAUGAAGGAAAUUGGUUCCAACUCAAAGUCCUCAGCAGUUUUCAUCCCACAUGGGCCUGGUGCAGUAAAAGAUGUCGCCUCGCAGAUCCGCGAGGGUCUUCUUCAAGCUGACAGUGUUCAGCAUUAGUUUAUGAGCUAAAAUGUUAAUAUAGGAAAUCAUCAUAUCUGUCUUCAAUUUUCUAGUCGUUGAUUAAAUGAUAUAGAACUAUGGAGUACGAUCAUAUAUGCUGCAAAUAUGGGUUUAGUAAUGCAUAGGAAAGUUUUUUUUUCUUUUGAUAA